AUGGACCUACUUAGCGAUCCUAGGAUACUCUCAUCGCUAUCACUGUCUAUCUCGAAGCACUUAGGGCUCGCAGACGAAGAUGGAACUCUUUCCAAGUUUCUUGUAAAUUUGUAUCUCAAAUCAGAUCAUCAGUCUACCGAUUUCAAGAGAAGGCAUGAAAGUUUCGAGAACAUUGUUAAAGAAGAGGGAGGAGAAGACUUUCCCAAGGAGUUAAUAAACGACUCAUUUGAAGUAAUAAGUAGCUACCAAGCUAAAACAAAACCUGAGGUGCCCAAGGUGCAACAGGCAGUCCACCCUCAAGUAAAAAAAGAAACCGCUUUCAAUGGGUUGAGCAUACCGAACUCAAAGGUAAAGCUUGAGAGCGAGUACGAUAAUGCCGAAUCACCGGAUACUUUUGCAAAGCAUGAAACCAAGUAUCUGUCGAAAAUUAAAGAAGAAGAGGUAGUUGUGGGAAGUGUAUAUAGAGGCAUAGUAUCUAAUGUCGCUCCAUAUGGAGCAUUCAUAAAGCUACCCAAUACCAAAAAUAAAUCUGGUCUUUGCCACAUAUCUAAACUUUCCUAUGACGGCAGAACAAGAAUUCAACAUCCCAAUGACAUUGUUAAGUUGAACCAGGAAGUGUUUGUCAAGGUGGAGAAGAUAGAAAGUGUUCAGAACAGGGGCCAAUCAAGAGAUAAGAUUAGCUUGACUAUGAGAGGCAUAGAUCAAGUCACAGGAGAAGAGAACUUUGAGGAACCUAGGGGGCGUAAAAGAGAAAACGAACAGGAGAUGCAGAAUGACCACCUGCGAUAUCCUGUUGCCAAAAAGCGUUUAACGUCGCCAGAAAGAUGGGAGAUUCGUCAACUUAUCGCCAGUGGCGCUAUUUCUGCUAGCGAGUAUCCAGAUCUUGUAAAUGAAGACCCAAAUGCAGCUUUCCAAGCGAAUAACAAAAAUAAAAAUGACAAGACCAAUGGAAUUGAUGGCAAGGGUGAUACCGAAGAAGAAAUCGAAAUAGAACUAAAUGAUGACGAACCACCCUUUCUUAAGGGCCAGACUAAGUCUUCAGUCCAAUUAGCUCCAGUCAAGAUCAUAAAAAACCCAGAAGGCUCCUUAGGAAGGGCUGCCAAAGAAGGCUCUAACUUUGUUAAAGAAUUUAGAGAAAAGAAAAUAUUGGAACAGAAGGAAAUGGAAAAGAAAGAAAGACAAAAGAAACUGCUAGAACUUGACCCUAUGGCUAAGAAUAAAACUGGUGUUGAGGCUGAAAUAAAUACACCCUCAUGGACAAAAUCCCAAGCAAGGGCCACGUAUGGAAAGAGAACAAAUCUUUCAAUAAAGGAUCAAAGGGAAUCAUUACCAGUCUUUGCUAUGAGGUCAGAAAUUGUAAAAGCAGUGAGGGACAAUCAAUUCCUAGUGAUUGUAGGUGAGACUGGUUCUGGUAAGACAACACAGAUUGUACAAUACUUAGCUGAAGAGGGAUUAAACAAAGGAGGAAAACUUAUUGGGUGUACACAACCAAGAAGGGUUGCUGCAGUUUCUGUUGCUACAAGAGUGGCCGAAGAAGUAGGAUGUAAAGUUGGGCAGGAAGUUGGUUAUUUUAUUAGAUUUGAAGAUGUAACAAGUCCUGAAACUGUUAUCAAAUACAUGACAGAUGGGAUGUUACAGAGAGAAGCAUUAACAGACCCAUCAAUGAGUAAAUAUUCAGUUAUUAUGCUUGAUGAAGCUCACGAGAGAACAAUAGCGACAGAUGUCUUAUUUGCGCUCUUGAAGAAUGCAGCUAAAUCUAACCCUGAUCUUAAAAUAUUGGUUACCUCCGCAACUUUAGAUUCAGACAAGUUUUCCAAAUAUUUCAAUGAUUGCCCCAUUAUGAAAAUUCCAGGAAGAACCUUUCCAGUGGAAAUUAUGUAUACCAGAGAGCCAGAGUUGGAUUAUAUGACAGCUACGCUUGACUCUGUAAUUCAAAUACAUAUAUCAGAGCCGACAGACGGAGGAGAUAUCUUAGUUUUCUUGACAGGUCAAGAAGAAAUUGAUACUAGUUGUGAGGUUUUGUUCAACCGAAUACAGAGUUUGGGUCCUUCAAUUCCAAAUUUGAUAAUAUUACCUGUUUAUUCAGCACUUCCUUCUGAAAUCCAAAGUAAAAUCUUUGAACCAACUCCACCAGGGUCCAGAAAAUGUAUUUUUGCUACUAAUAUUGCAGAGACAUCUAUUACAAUAGAUGGAAUUUAUUUUGUUAUUGAUCCUGGGUUUGUGAAGGUGAAUGCUUACGAUCUGAAAUUGGGUAUGGAUUCCUUGAUAGUGUCGCCCAUUUCACAAGCCCAAGCAAACCAAAGAAGUGGUAGAGCAGGUAGAACGGGACCUGGAAAAUGCUAUAGAUUGUACACAGAAUUGGCAUUCAAGCAGGAAAUGCUUCCCAAUACAAUUCCUGAAAUUCAAAGACAAAACUUGUCUUCAACCAUCCUUAUGCUAAAGGCAAUGGGGAUAAAUGAUUUAAUAAACUUCGAAUUCAUGGAUCCACCUCCGAUUAACACCAUGAUAACUGCACUACAAGAUCUAUACACACUUGAAGCGUUAGAUGACCAAGGGUUAUUGACCGAUUUAGGAAGGAAAAUGGCAGAUUUUCCUAUGAAUCCAGCUCUUGCAAAAACUCUUAUAAGGUCAGCCGAGCAACAAUUUGGGUGCUCAGAUGAAAUCCUGUCAAUUGUUGCUAUGCUCUCGGUGCAAACUAUAUUCUAUAGGCCGAGGGAUAAAAGACAACAACAACUAGCAGACCAGAAGAAGUCCCGUUUUAAUCAUUCUCAGGGAGACCAUCUUACAUUGUUAAACGUGUAUAAGGCAUGGCAGCUAAGUGGAUUUUCACGACAAUGGUGUAAAGAUAACUUCAUCCAAGAGAGAAGUAUGUCCAAAGCCAAGGAAGUUAGAAAGCAAUUAUUGACGAUUUUACAAAAGUAUAGAUAUCCAAUAAUUUCUUGUGGCAUGGACUUAGAUAAAGUUAGGAGAGCAUUGUGCUCAGGGUUCUUCAAGUCUACAGCCAAGAGAGAUAGAGGAGAAGAUGGAGGUUACAAGUCACUUGUUGAGCAAACUCCUGUUUACCUCCAUCCAUCAAGUUCCUUAUUUGGAAAGCAGCCCGACUAUGUGAUUUACCAUACGUUGCUUCUCACCAGCAAGGAAUAUAUGCACUGUGUAACAGUCAUCGAUGCAAAAUGGUUGGUUGAAUUAGCACCUGCCUUCUUCAAGCAGUCCGACUUGAAGGAUAUCAAGCAGAGGAGGAAGAACGAGAAGAUUGUUCCGUUGUUCGACAAGUUCAAUAAGAACCAGGACGCGUGGAGAUUGAGGAGCAAGACUGCGGUUAAAUCAGAAGCAUUGAAUAGUUUAAGAAGCAAAUAG